GUUUCGAAUAAAUCUGUCAGAGAAAUACGAAACAUGAGCCAAAGAAUUUUGAUCUCGGCAAUUAUUUCCCUCGUCUUCUCAGGUGGCGUUUACUGCAGUCACGAAGGAAAAGGGGUCGGGGCCGCUUCAGGAGAGAUUCCGUGGCACGUGUCCAUUCGUUUCGACGGAAAAGCCUUCUGCAGUGCGGCAAUUGUGUCCCGCGAGUGGAUUUUGACCAGAGCUCAGUGCCUUUUGACUUACAACACCUCGGCUGACCGUCUGGACGUAAACGCCGGCAGUAUCAGAUAUGAUCAGAUAAAUUCCCUCCACCUGGCCGUGGAUAAACAGGAUCACCCUGGUUACAACUACGAUGGAGGGAACGGAACUCACGAUAUUGGUCUAUUAAAGGUUUCUCCUCCCUUUGAAUGGAGCAAUUUGAUUGCUCCCAUUGCCCUGCCUGAUUCAAACCUCCCGACAGGUCAAGCAGUCUCAUUUUCAGGAUGGAACUCUUACUUGCUAUAUCCAAAUUACGCUUGGCUUGUACGUGUGGACGGUGUGAUAAUCGACCCUGUUGAGUGCCAAAACUCUUUCCCGUACCCUUUGCACGAGCUGGCAAUUUGCGCCGACGCCCCAGAGAUCGGACAGUCGUUCGAGUGUCCUCACGACACAGGUGGGCCGCUUUUCGCUGACAGAGUUCUUUACGGAGUCAACACUUGGAAGAACGGCUGCGAUCUUGCGGAGCCAAGUGUGUUCAUCAGCGUUUUCGAUCAUAUUGAUUGGAUCAGAAAUGUCACUGGUGUGUAAUAAAAAAGUUAAAUUUUAAUAAUUAUGAUAUAUAAUGCCAAAUUUAAUGAUAAUAAUUUUAAAUAUGAAUAAAUGUCUUGAUAUGCAGAAGUAAAUUAAAUAAAAUUU